AUGCUUAUCCCCAAGGCUGAUCGCAAGGCGAUCCACGAGUACCUCUUCCGUGAGGGUGUCAUGGUCGCCGCGAAGAAUUAUGAGACGACCCACGAGACCGGCAUCCGCAACCUCUAUGUCAUCAAGGCCUGCCAGUCCCUGACCUCUCGCGGCUACGUCAAGACCCAGUUCUCCUGGCAAUACUACUACUAUACCCUCACCCCUGAGGGUCUCGACUACCUCCGCGAGUGGCUGCACCUCCCCGCCGAGAUUGUUCCGGCUACCCACAUCAAGCAGCAGCGGUCGCACGCCCCUCCCCGUGGCAUGCUGGGCGAGGAGCGCGGUGAGCGGAGGUUUGGUGGCCGUGGCCGUGGUGACCGUGGUGACCGUGGUGACAGGGAGGGCGGCUACCGGCGCCGGGAUGCUGGUGAGGGCAAGGAGGGCGGUGCGCCGAGCGACUUUGCUCCUCAGUUCCGUGGCGGCUUCGGUCGUGGCCGUGGCGGCCGUGGUGAUGCCCCUCCCUCGUAA